AACUCAUGCAGCAAAUUGGGAAACCUUAAUAUGGGAUGUUGAAUAGCGGAGCACUUUAUGUUUCCAGAUCAUUCAUCGACUGCAACUAGCCUCGGUAAGAACACACAGCAAACCUGACUUGAAGAUCGUCAUCAUGGCUUUCCGUAAGAUUUCGUGCGUGAUGUUCUUUGUGGUCCUCGGUUUAGUAUCCGCGGAUGCCUGCUGUCCACCGCUCUGGACAGGCUACGGUAACUACUGCUACCGUUUCUUCGGUCCUCCCAAGACCUGGCAAUCGGCAGAGGAGCACUGCCAAGAGUUCUUCACCCGAAACGGCCAGGGGCACCUGGCGUCCAUCCACAGUUCCGGGGAGAACUACUUAAUGCUCCAGAUGUGGAGUACCUCUCUGGUACCAAAUGAGGAGAUUGUGGGAGCUCACGUCUGGAUUGGGCACAGUGACCUGGCGAAUGAAGGAAGCUUCACAUGGAGUGACGGGACGAGCUUUGACUACAACGCCGGAUGGCUUACUGGACAACCGGACGACUCUGGAGAAGCCGAGGACUGCGGCUCUUUCUGGAGAAACACCGAGCGGGUUGGAUGGAAUGAUGACCGUUGCCUUUGGGCUCUCCCAUACCUUUGCAAGAUGCCCUCAAAUUAGAACAGAGAGAAGUAAAGGGGUAAACCACCGCUAUUCCCAGAUGGUACAACAAUGACUAACCUGUUAUCCAAUAUCCUGUCACCAGGCGGAAUCACUGACUUGCAAAGACAAUUACGAACAAUUCACUGGGUCUUAUCAACAAUUCACUGGGUCUUGUAGCCUGGCUUUGCGUGCCCUACGGAACAUGAUAUCCUAACGACAGUUAGGUGACGAUUUAGGUUUAAUUGGAAAUUGGUCUUGUUUACAAACGUUGCGAAACAUCAACUUUAGCCGACGCACCCACAUUGAAAACUGGAUGAGUGACUGCAUGAUGUUCUCUCAAUGAUGAGCGCUUUCUAAGCAUUCCUUCGAACCAUUUCACUACAUAAUCACCGCAUUUUUGAAUGAAGGUAAUUUCAGUAAGUUCGGUGCCUGAUGAUCAUGUUUCAUAAACACUUUAAUUCUCGCAUCGGUUCACACUGGAUUUUUGUUCUACUAUAUUAUUAACCUCACUGACUCUUUGGAUCUGACACAAGUCACAAAAACGACUUAAAUACUUUCGACAGCCUCAGAUCAGUGGCACUUCAAGUUCAUUUCUUAAUAAUUUCCAGUUGAUUUUAUAGCUUUCAUGUGAAUUGGCUUUUAAAAACUGCAUUGGUAUGACUUUGCUCGACAUAAAGACGGUUUGAUAAGAAAAGCAAAUAUCUAUAGACAGCACGUGUAUAUGUAGCUAGCUGGCCCUGCAUACUGAACUUGUAGCUUUUAGAUUACGCUUCAAGCAGUAGGUAAUUAAGCCUGCAUUAAAAAAGAAACAAGUUA